UGCAGCCGGCCAUGUUUCCGGACGGAAUAUUUUGAAAGUCGCACAGCGGCGGGCGGAGCGCUAUCCCGGGGACUCCGCUGCGGCUGUCAAGGUGCCGAGCUCCGGUUGAUCAUGGCGACGGCGGAGGAGGGCGGAUGGACGUACUAAUGACCGUCCGCAAGAUCGCCUCGAUCUGUACCAUGGGCACUAAUGCCUCAACAUUGGAAAAAGAGAUUGGCCCGGAGCAAUUUCCUGUAAAUGAACAUUACUUUGGUUUGGUCAAUUUUGGCAACACCUGCUACUGCAACUCUGUUCUACAAGCACUUUAUUUUUGUCGCCCGUUUCGGGAGAAAGUUCUGGCAUACAAGGUCCAGCCACGGAAGAAGGAAAGCUUGCUUACAUGUUUGGCAGACCUUUUUAACAGCAUUGCUACACAAAAGAAGAAAGUGGGGGUUAUACCCCCAAAGAAAUUCAUCUCCAGGCUGAGGAAGGAAAAUGGGGGAUCCCACUCUGAGCCUCCAGAUGAGAAUCCCUCCAAGAAAGAACUGUUUGACAACUACAUGCAACAGGAUGCUCAUGAAUUUCUAAACUACCUUCUUAACACUAUUGCUGACCUGCUGCAAGAGGAGAAGAAACAGGAGACCCAGAAUGGCAAGCUGCAGAAUGGGAGCCUGGAGCUCCAGGAACCUGAUAAGCCUGACCUCACCUGGGUUCACGAGAUCUUCCAGGGAACUCUAACCAAUGAAACCAGAUGUCUUAACUGUGAAACUGUUAGUAGCAAAGAUGAAGAUUUCUUAGAUCUCUCUGUGGAUGUGGAACAAAAUACUUCCAUUACACAUUGCUUAAGGGGGUUCAGUAACACAGAAACACUAUGCAGCGAAUACAAGUAUUACUGUGAGCAGUGUCGAAGCAAACAGGAAGGACAGAAAAGGAUGAGAGUAAAGAAGUUGCCUAUGAUAUUAGCUCUGCACUUGAAAAGGUUUAAAUACAUGGACCAACUGCACCGAUAUACCAAACUUUCCUAUCGCGUGGUGUUUCCAUUGGAGCUUCGGCUUUUCAACACUUCCGGGGAUGCUACCAAUCCAGAACGAAUGUAUGACCUUGUAGCUGUGGUAGUCCACUGUGGCAGUGGGCCAAACCGCGGACACUACAUCACCAUUGUAAAGAGUCAUGGGUUCUGGCUGCUGUUUGAUGACGACAUUGUAGAGAAAAUUGAUGCUCAAGCCAUUGAAGAGUUCUAUGGUUUAACAUCAGACAUUUCCAAAAAUUCAGAGUCUGGAUAUAUCCUGUUCUACCAAUCUAGAGACUGAUCACCAUGAUGGGAACCAAGAAAAUCAUAGUCGUUAAGAACAAGGGUAUGCCAUUGGACAGCGGAAGAGGGAUCAAAGUCCAACAGGGACAUAAAGAACAGUGUAACUGCCACCUCAGAAACCUGCUUUCCAGUAAUUAGAAGAACGUUUUUCCUUCUAACUCUUUUGAACCUUCGGAUAGCCAUACAAGUCAGAUCUUCAGUAUGUCUUCUAAUUAAGUGCAGGCUUUUCCCAUCACUCCAAAGCGUCAGAACCUUCCAAAUGUAAACUGAGAAAGGACUUGGUUGGCACUAUCAUGUAAAGAAGUUCUUGGAAAUGGCAAGCUCAAUCAUUGCUAAUAGCGACUUACUUAGACCCAUGCAAUGAUGAUGGCACUUUUUAAAACCAGACGGCUGCAGUUUGGUGCUCAGUACAUUCACAACCAGAGGUUUAACGUUUUAGAAAAUGCGAUAUAUUCCAAACAAACCUGUUGUUUCAUAUCACUUUAAACGCAUCUGUUUCCGCUCUAUCCUCUGUGAUUCCAUCCUUCCAUAUGUUUGCUGUAACACUCCUUAUAGUGAGUGUUGAGAGGCUGCUGUUCUGCACACUAAAUAACGGGAUCACUAAUUAAUUAUUUUCCUUAUUUUUGUUAUUUAAUUUUUUUUCAAUAUAUAUUUGUAAUUUAGCACCUUUUGUGACUUAAGUCAUCCUCUUAAGAAAUAUAAUUGGACGUAAACGUCAAGGCUGCAAAGAUUUUUACAAUUUCUUUGAACACAAGUGAAUUUAUCAGGGGCAGGAAAUUGUCUGAACAUAAUUGACUUCAUGAUUUUAUUAAGUUGUGUCGAUAUAUACUUGUCUUUAAAAAUCUCAAUUGAUGGGUAAGGAGAGAUGUUCAAGAUGUUUACAGGUUUUGCUGCCUUGGUCUAUUAAUUUUUAGGGAAGAACCCCGACAACAGGGUUACGUCAUCAAACCUAUAAAUAAAGCAAUCAACUUGUCUA